UCUGCCCACCCUGGCCUCCCAAAGUGCUGGGAUUACAGAGGCAUGAGCCACAGUGCUUGGCCUACCUUACCCCAUUUCUGAUGGCUCAUCUCAUCUCCAAAUAACCUACUGGAGGUCUGGUGGGUGUUAUGAUGAGAGAAAGGGGAGGAAUGUGGUCACUGUGAAAAGACACAUGGGCCCUGCCAUUGAGGAGGCCUCAAGCAAAUAGAAAACAUUCAGAGACAGGGACAAAGGUUCCCAGAAGGCCACCUGGAACUGAAGGGAGAGGCUGUAGCCUCUAUAUUGCCCCUAUUCCUGAGUCUCCUCAGGUUUCUCAAGAUAUCGGAUGCCUCCUGUCUCUAAUUUCCUCAGGAUCAGUGGCUUGAGCUUUGGCUAUGAGCCUAAGCCCUGAGCUGACUGCUGGAUCCUCUGGGAAUAGAUUUUCUUUUUCCUCUACUGUUUCCCAGUGGACUCUCCCUGCCUUGUACUCAUAUUUCCACUGAGACUGAGCAGCCUUAGUCAUGCUCCAGAAGCAGAGAGCUGACACGAGUCUAGAGAAAUUUGCAUGCAUAUUUGUGUGGGGUUUGGAUAGUCAGAGCCUACUAGAGACUAAUCUGAUAUCUAACUUGGUGCCAUGACUAAUCUUCCUUCUCUGUCUCACUACCUUCUAGUCACUAGAAACAUAUAAGUGUUGGAAUGGGCAGGACAUUUGAAUUCUCAUCGUUGAUUCCCCAGUGAUUUUCUAUCGGCCUUAAAACAACAUCCCACCUUCUGUCCCCAGUUGCAUCACCAGUGAAAAGGGUGGUUGUUGCACUGACCUUUCCCAGAGUGUACAUGAAGGCCAGCUGGCUAUCAGACAAUGACAUGCUUUGAAAGUCCCCUGACCUCUGUGAGGUCAGUUGAGAACAGCUGAGAGUGCUACCAUUUUGUCACAGCCCUAAGGAUGCAGAUUAUGCUGAAAGCGUGUUGUCCAAAUCUGAAUGAUGAAAGCCGAUUACAAACUUGAAAAUGAAAAUAGACCCCAGACGCAAGGAGAUGAGACAGUUAGAUUUACUUCCUCUUUUCUAAUCAAAGAGGUUUCAUGUUGAAGAAAAUCAUUGUUGGGAUUGCAGGAGACCCAAACACAGUCACCAUGAAGCUGGGCUGUGUUCUCAUGGCCUGGGCCCUCUACCUUUCCCUUGGUGUGCUCUGGACAUCCCAGAUGCUACUAGCAGCUGGAUGUCAUGCUGCUGCCAGUUUUGAGACGCUGCAGUGUGAGGGACCUGUCUGCACCGAGGAGAGCAGCUGCCACGUGGAGGAUGAUUUGACUGAUGCAAGGGAAGCUGGCUUCCAGGUCAAGGGCUACACCUUCAGUGAACCCUUCCACCUGAUUGUGUCCUAUGACUGGCUGAUCCUCCAAGGUCCAGCCAAGCCAGUAUUUGAAGGGGACCCGCUAGUUCUGCGCUGCCAGGCCUGGCAAGACUGGCCACUGACUCAGGUGACCUUCUACCGAGAUGGCUCAGCUCUGGGUCCCCCCGGGCCUAACAGGGAAUUCUCCAUCGCCGUGGCACAAGAGGCAGACAGCGGGCACUACCACUGCAGUGGCAUCUUCCAGAGCCCUGGUCCUGGGAGCCCAGAAACAGCAUCUGUUGUGGAUAUCACAGUCCAAGAACUGUUUCCAGCGCCAAUUCUCAGAGCUAUACCCUCAGCUGAACCCAAAGCAGGAGGCCCCAUGACCCUGAGCUGUCAGACAAAGUUGCCCCUGCAGAGGUCAGCUGCCCGCCUCCUCUUCUCCUUCUACAAGGAUGGAAGGACAGUGCAAAGCAGGGGGCUCUCCUCAGAAUUCCAGAUCCCCACAGCUUCAGAAGAUCACUCUGGCUCAUACUGGUGUGAGGCAGCCACUGAGGACAACCAAGUUUGGAAACAGAGCCCCCAGCUAGAGAUCAGAGUGCAGGGUCCCUCCGGCUCUGCACCUCUCACCUUGAAUCCAGCUCCUCAGAAAUCAGCUGCUCCAGGAACUGCUCCUGAGGAGGCUCCUGGGCCGUUGCCUCCACCGCCAACCCCAUCUUCUGAGGAUCCAGGCUUUUCUUCUCCUCUGGGGAUGCCAGAUCCCCAUCUGUAUCACCAGAUGGGCCUUCUUCUCAAACACAUGCAGGAUGUGAGAGUUCUCCUCGGUCACCUGCUUAUGGAGUUGAGGGAAUUAUCUGGCCACCGGAAGCCUGGGACCACAAAGGCUACUGCUGAAUAGGAGUAAACAAUUCGUCCAUGAUCUCACUUAACCACCCCAAUAAAUCUCAUUCUUUCUAUGUUUUCUCUUCCUAUCCUGCACAUAUGCAUAAGUACUUUUACAGGUUGUCCCAGUGUUUUGUUAGAAUAAUGUAGAUAGGUGAGUGUAAAUAAAUUUGUACAAAGUGA